AUGCCAUUUACUCAUUCCUCAACGAUGCAGAGGUUGGGCCAAUCUUGGAAAGUUUUGUCCGAGCGGCUGGUGCUAGUGCCAUGUCGCCUCCUUGAGCUUCAGAUUAGUGGCUCACUUGUAUGUUGUCCAAAUCUCUCCCUUCCCAUCCCGUCGCCUCGCAACCUCUCCCUUCCCAUCCCGUCGCCUCGCUCUCUCUCCCUUCCCAUCCCGUCGCCUCGCAAUCUCUCCCUUCCCAUCCCGUCGCCUCGCUAUCUCUCCCUCCCAUCCUUCGCCUCGCUAUCUCUCCCUCCCAUUCCGUCGCCUUCGCUAUCUCUCCCUCCCAUUCCGUCGCCUUGCUAUCUCUCCCUCCCAUCCGUCGCCUCGCUAUCUCUCCCUCCCAUUCCCGUCGACACGCUAUCUACCCCCUCCCUUCCCGUCGCUCUCCCCAACCCCGCUCCCUUCCCGUCGCCCUCUCACUCUCCGCUCCCUUCCCGUCGCCCUUUGUCUCUCCGCUCCCUUCCUGUCGCCCUCGAUGCAGUUGUCGCCCUUCUUCACACACCCCCCAUCACCCACCCCAUCGUCUUCCCACUCGCCACAAAAUGCCUUCCCGUCCCCCAUCGCUCUUGCUCUGCAAUGCCUCUCUGCACCCUUCCUCCCUCCCCUCCCAUCACCCAUAUCAUCGCCCGUGCGCUUCAUCUCACGUCAUCCUUCCCAAUUCCCCUCCCGUCAUUCUCUUUCCGCGAUUUCUGCUCAUUCAUCUCUUUUAUCUUGCAAUCGUUUCCGUCGCCCUAUCUCUCUCGUCUCACGCCACCUUGA